ACAGAUGCCAGGAACUAAGUAUCUUAAUAUUGCUAUAAAUGUCCUCUCUUCACAGGCUUUGUACAGCUUACUUCCUUUCAUUUUUUUCUUUUGUAUCAGUCUCUCUUUGAAUUUAGACCCUUUCCUUAAAAUGAAACACUUUGGGAAGUAGAGUUCAUUACUAAUGGACUACCAAAGAAAUUGUUCGAGAUAGGGGUUAAGUGAAAAAGUGGAGCAUAUACAUAGGAGAUUAUUAGGAAAGACUUAAAACAUUGGUAGACACCAUACUUAGAUUCAUGAAGGGACAAGAGGGGCAGGGGCUAUUUUUAGACACUUGGAUGCAAAUAGCACUUUUAUGCAUAACCAUUUAUUAUACUUAUAAUUCUUCCAAAACUACAUAUGAUUAUUUAAAAGUGACUUUUAGUGCAUAUGACUCCAUAGCCAAGCCAAAUUUCCCACAGGAAGAUUUUUUUAUAUCAUGUUGGUUAGACCAACAGGAAUACCAAAAGUGGGUCAUGUGCUUUUAUUUUAUUUUUUUUACAUCCUGACAUGAGCAAUUUUAUUUAUGUUAACCUAUAACCAAGAGAGAUAAUAUAUCUUAAUGGAAAUAACAUGCAUGACAUUUUUAUCUCUUAUUUUAAAAGUUUUCUCAAUAAUUAAGAUAAAAAUUUUAUAAAUUUAGAUUCAGCAAAGAGGAAUCUAGAUGGCCUAAGGCCAUCUGGGAAGAAUUUCGAUGGUCCUCUAGUAGAAUGGUUAUGUCAAAGAACCUAGACACGUUUGUCACAAGCGACAGGAUCUGAGUUCUCUACUACUGUGCUGAUACGAGUUUAGGAACAUAUAAUAUAAUAUAAUAUAAGCCCACUUCAGAAUCUCUAAUGACUAACACAGCAGUGUUAGUCAAAGGAAAGCUCUUAAUGAUUUUUUCAUUGGUCAUGGGCAAAGCAGUAAUCAUUGACAUCAAUCUACCGAAAGAGAAUGUUUAGCAUUUUUUUUUCCUUUCUGUGUACGGGCAGAAAACAGGACACAGAAUUACUGGCAAAAAUAUUAUCAGGCAAAUGCACUCAUCUAUUGUUUUAGAAUUUCAUCCACUGCCUUUUUAAAGUUAUGAUUUGUAUUUUGGCCUUUUAGGCAUUUUUUGAUGGAAAGAUAAAAUAUUUCAUGAAAAUACUGGAGGAUGAAAAUAUUUAAAAAUCAAACAGCAUUUGAGAUAACUUCAUGUAACAAGAGAAUUAUAUAAAUGAAAAUAUUCGUAAAAAUUCAGGGAAUUCAUGAUGAAAUAUUAGAGAAAAAUAGUUACUUGGCUAUUGCCCAAGUUUCUAGUAAAUAAAAAGCUUUUUCUUUUCAGAGUCCUUAAGGUUACAUAUUACAUACAGUGUGGUUUUACAAAAUAAACUUUCUUGAGCAGAUGCUGUGCUGGUUUAUGGCAGUACAAACUAAAAGAUUCAGGAAUCUUUUAAGUCUCCUUAAAAAAAAAAACUGUCCUCUGGAAAUGUCUUUCAGACAUAAUGUCACAGUAAAUAAGUUAGAAUGAAUGAGUAUUUGGUACUUCUUAAUUGAACUAACCUAAAUAAGGGUGACAACCAAUAAUGUAAAGAAGAAUGAAAAAUAAAGAUUUUCUGAGUAUAACUCUGAUGCUUCCCUCACUACUAACCCUCUAACAAAUAGAUCUCUACCGCUCCCUGUCAAACAGAAGUUACACAGCUGUGAGAAGGAAGAUAACUGCCUCAGAUAAGGCCGAUGCAAUCUAGGCUCUGCCCUUUAAUGCCUGGCACUUACUCUAUCUGCUCUGAGAAUGAAAACACGGGGGCACUGCAGGGGAAAUGGCUGUUUCCCAGGAAAGGAAAUUGCCUGAAAACACAUCUGGCAAAGGCUUUUUCUCCUCUGGCGAGCAGACACUCAUUUUAACAAAAUAUAUGUUUCCUCACCUUCUACAAAAGUGAAUUCUAUGGAGCCACUGCCCCAUUCUAAGUGGAUGAAGUUUUUCUGUAAAUAGAAUGGGCCCGCUAUUUUAUGACAAACAUUAUAAUAUAUUUAAUUGCAGCUAGGACAGGAAAUUGGGCUAAACUAGGCAUCAGACUUCAUUUCAGAAACUGUAUAUUCUCAAGGAACAUCAUAGUCCUCAAGUCAUCUACAGUGGAUGAAAUUAAUGAAGCAAAGAAAGGAGAAAAAAAAAUCAUUAACCCUAGGAAAUAAAGUUAGCAAAGAUGGAAAUAGAAAGUGUAACUGAUGCCAUCAGACAAGAGGCUGGAUUUCUAGAGAUGCCAUCCUCAGUAAGUACAAUUUCAUUUUGAAUCUGUCCUGAUGUGUACACUUCUGAGCUCACUUUUUCCACCUACAGAUGCCACUGGUCCACAAUGCCACUGAAGCAGGCACUGGCAGCCUAGGGUGACUGGGCAGGCCUAAGACCAAUUCCAGGGAUCUGCUUGAUGUAAUGGAGAAAGACAUCAGUGAAUGCCGGGGACUGGCCAUGGGGGAGGGGCACGGCUGGGGGGACAGGCCUCCAAGUGCACCUGAGGGGCUUCCGUGUGUUUUCUGAUCAGCUUUGGGUUUCUCAAAGCGGGCAUAUGUCACAUACGCUCACUGUUCAGGGAGUGGUCUCCCCUCCCAGGGUCAGCUGGUCCACUCUCAUUCCUUCCUUUGUCCCACCAUGUAACUGUCCCCUUACAUACUGAGUAUUAAGCUGGCUCCCUGGACAAGCUCAGAGGUCAUGCAGGCCUCUCUGAAGUCCUGUUUGGCUGACCCCUGCUGGGAGCUACCCUGCUUUGCACUGAUGUAAAGUUGGCUUCAUGUUCUGGUUUCCAGCUCCAGAGACACUGUUCACACAGAGUGAGUAUCUGAGAGCCACACAGGUUGCUCUGGGUGACCGGGGGCCUCUGGAGGUUGGGGUCAAGCAGAUCCCAUGAUCCAGACAGCAGUAGGCCUUACACUGACGAGGACCUUUGUUUCUGGCAGGGCCAGGGAGCCACGGCCAACAGGAGAUUCUUAGGCUUGCCCACACCUCAAGCCUUUUCUGCCCAAUAGAACGCUGAAGCUGCCAGGCCUUCACCAUGGUUCUUCGGGAUGCGGGAUGCUGACCUCUUCCUUUCAGGAAAACUAAGGACACGUCGUCUUUUUGGUGCAUUAAAUGAGGAAUUACUUCAGAACAUGAGAUGGCUCUACAAUGGAUAAAUGGGAGCCUCAGAAACUUCAGCUGAUGACAUAUAGUAUGGGGGAGAAAACAAACAUUAUUAAGAAAAUAAAUAGCACCAUGCACAGCUGUUCAGCAGAGCUGGUAGGACAAACAAACAAACAAAAAAAAGUGGUUGGCCAGGAAGGCAGCUUUUGGGAAGGCUGUAAUAAUAUUUCUCGUUUUAUAGCUCCAUCUGCCUUUAGCGACCCUGUCGGCAAGUUGUUGAAGGAACUCAAGAUCCUCUUUGAAAAGGAACAGCUCUGAGAGCCCCCAGCCCGGGGGCUAGUUAACCUGGGGCAAGGCUAGUUAACCUGGGGCCCCCAGCCCGGGUGGGUAGAAGGAGCCGCUGCAUUGUGGGUUGUUUACUAAACAAGAAACCACAGAGUGUGUGUUGUACCCAGGGGGAAGUCUUCCCGCCUUUUCCUUCAUGCCCACCCCCCACCCCCAGCUCUGCCCCUUUCUUGGGUCUCCUGCUGGUUCUCCCCUGUUGGCCACAGGGGACUGGCACAUCCUCUCUGCUUCCUCCGUGACCAGCCAUUUGGGCCCAGCGUGCAGCCCUGACUACAGAUGACGUGGGCUCCCAUGGGGACCCGGCCCAAGGCUGGCCCUGCACGAGUGGGAUGCUUCACGCCCACGGGGUCCGCUCCCUGGUGCACUGUCCUCAUCUUGUAUCUCAUAUCCAGUUUCAAAGGGCAGUUGCCUCUUGGCCAAAUGUUCCUGUCCCUUUCCCAAGUCCCUUUUCCUUGGCCUGUCUCGCCUCCCAACUCUCUGAGAAGCCUAGUGGUACUCUGAGGCAUGGAGAUUUCCCUGUUUACACUGGCUGUGCUCUGAGAAUGGCCUUGGAGACCACGUCACACCCCCUGGUGACUCCCCUCAGGUCAGCAGACUACAGCUCGUGGUCCCUUUGGAAUGGCCAGUGAGCUAAGAGCAGUUUUCACAUUUUCAAAAGGUUGAAAAAAAUCCAGAGAAUUUUUCAUGUUGUGAAAAUUAUAAUAAAUGCAGAUCUCAGUGUCCAGGAAUAAAGCUCUGUGGGAACACGGUCACCUCCCAUUGUUUGUGGGUUGUCAACGGCUGCUGUCAUACUGGAUGGCCAGGGGAGAAGUCGUGACAGAGACCACAUGGCCCACAAACCUGAAACAUUUACUAUCCGACACUUGACAGGGCAGGUUUGCCAAGCCCAGCCUCACGAAAGCCUCUGCCACCCCUCCGGUAGUAAUUCCCACUUAGGUGCCUACAGAGAGCGGCUCACUGUUCCUGCUGACCUUGUGUGGUUGUAUAAGGAAGCCUCCACGCUGUCUGCCUGUGGGACCGGCCCCCUGGAACCGUCCUCCCUCUGCGUUCCCAGCCACGUCCUCUCCCCACUUCCCACUUGCCUAGGGGUCUCCCCACACCCUCUAUUCGCUUCUUUACGUCUGACACCCUGUCCAGCUCCUGGGAGCCAGCUGGCGGGAAGGGCUUGUGGUACAUGCACUUCCUGUGGCUUCUUUUUAAACCACCAUAUUUGGCUGGAAGGCAGAGGGGUGAUUUUUAAAACCACACACGCAAUAUUAAUACCUUAUAAUAUGUGCUUUCAAACGAGGAAGAAACUUAGAAGAAAUGUGACUGUCGUGUUCCUGCUUCACAUUCACCCAGAGUACAACAGUUGUAACAUCUGAUGGUGCAAGAGCUAAUUCCCAUUUAAUGGAAGUGCUGAUAAAGGAAGUGAUAGUCCUAAAUAACAUGCAUUAUUCCAUAUCAUUUAAAUUCUAAAAGUGCUACAGAGAAAGAGUCAUCUCAUUCCACAAGUAGGGAAACGCAGACUUAGAGAAGUUAAACAUUUGCUUCAGACCUCAGUGAAUCAGGGUUCUAACACUGGCCCUGUCUUCCCUCUAUGGUCAGUGGUCCAAGUAAGGUGUAUUUAAUUUGCUCCUGUGGUGGAAAGCAUGUACCAGAAUUGAGAUCUAGCUUUCCUUGAGCCAUGGAGCCCUUCGAUAGCCAGGGGAAGUCUAUGAACCCUUUAUCGGAAAUGGGCUGUUUUAUUCAGACAUUAAAUAACAGGAUCUUGGGGGCAGAUUACGUAAAAAUGUAGUGCUGAGUGCAGUAACAGCUUGACUUAUCAUGACAAAAAUAUGUGAUGCCUAUUGGUGGCCAGAGAUAUUGACCAGGGUUGCUUGUGACCUACUCAUAGCUAAAAGCAAGGCUAUAUUUUCAGUUAGACUUUGGUGAAAAAGACAUCUUUUUCUGUCAAGGCUCACAGACCCCACGAAUUCUGUCUGUGGACCUCAGACAGGUCCCUGCUCUGGGGGUAACCUGGGAGCCAGUCCUUGCAUGAGAGGGACCUUUAUAAAGGUUUAACUAGGUCUCUUGAAACAGAAUUCCCUAUACAAAUCUCAUAGUCAUCCAAGAAUGAAAACCCUAAAAAUCUUCUGAAAUCUGGCCUUGCAUGAUUGGACUGCCCGACACUGGCUUUACGGGUAGAUGAGGUCUGUCAGGUCAGUGCUGGACGGGCCUGGAGGCAAAUCUCAGGCAACGAGGUGUGAAAAGACCAUGCCAGGCUCCAUGUUCCCUUGUGCACUCUGGCUGGUGAGUGAGCCAACUGUCAGUCUCUGAAGUGCUAAGUUUUAGCUCCAGGAAGGAAGGAACACAGAGGGUUUACGGAGCCACAGAAUUGAAACAGAAGAAUCUUGGGAGUUAAUGCAACCUCUGAAUUUUACAGAUGAGGAUUUAGAGCUUAAUUAAAAAGGAGUGAUUUGCCUUCGACCCUAACUGUGGCUGAUUUAAUUGAUCCUGGAUAGUAUGUUACAAAAUGAUGGGAUUUGAGCAAACCCUGACCUAAUAAAGGAGAAGCUUAUGUAUGCCUCUCUCACCCUCCUCUUAUUUAAACUGUGAUUUCUCUAUGUAUUAUAAUUUAGAGGGCCAUUAAUCAGUCCAGCAUAUUUUAAAUUUACUUUGAAUACUGAAGUGGAUAUUUUGUUUAAAAGAUUAAAUGUCAGAGCUCAAAAACUUGAUUUUCCUAACCCAAUUUAAUAAAGUGAGAUGUUUCUAUCCAAUUGUUUUAAGAUGAAAAUUCUGCAUUCUUAAGCUAGUGGUUCAAAAAUCAAGUAAUACCAAGGAAACUAUUUUCCCUAUGAAAAAGGCAAAGAGUUUAUAAGAGCAAGACUUCUUCCUUUUUGUUGGUAAUAACAAAAAUAAACCAAAGUCCUGACAUAUUUGUAGUAUUUUUAUUCCUAAAGGAAAAAACAGGAACUUUCAUUGUACUUUAAAGUUAUUGCCCCAGAUAUUUUACCAGCUCAGCCCUGUGAAAUCAGUUUCAGACACAAGAGACCGCCAAGCUCUCUCUAGGAAAUACUCAAUUAGGGUGGUGCCUCUGAAAUACCCAGGGGUCCUGUAACUGAUGGGCUUUUCCCAGAGGGCUUCUACAGCCUAUAGCCCUGCCUGGACAACACACACCACACUCGGAUUUUUCCUGUUGCCUGCCUAGUGACCCCCUACAGGAAGAUAACGGACAAGCCGGGAGGGGAGGGCGGGGCAGCCAGCUACACAUGUCUGGCUCUCUUAUCAACUUAUCAUAUAAGGAAAGAAAGUGAUUGAUUCGGAUCCUGACACCGCAGAAUCUGGGGGAAGCAAGACAAAGGCGCAUUAAGUCUGAUCUGGAAGGCGAAUGCAGCCUUCACAAGGGAGUAGGAUUAUUCUUCCGACUGCAGUCUGACAGUUUACUGGGGACCAGAGAGGAGAAAGCGGCAUCAGAAACCAAAGUUGCUGCAGGGAAAGAGGGAAGCGGGAACUUUCAUUGAUGGACCCUGAGCCAUGGCAGCAGAGCCCCGUGCCUGAGAGGGCAGCUUAGCACCCGGGAGCCUCCCGUGCCUUGCACUUUGCUAAACGGAGGUUGAUUCCCACAGAGGAAAAGAAUGUGGCAGCUUGUUUUCUUCACUCUGAGCUGUGAUCUCGUCUUGGCUGCAGCCUAUAACAACUUUCGGAAGAGCAUGGACAGCACGGGGAAGAGGCAGUAUCAGGUUCAGCACGGCCCCUGCAGCUACACGUUCCUGCUGCCUGAGACGGACAACUGCCGCUCCCCUUCCAGCUCCUACGUGUCCAACGCGGUGCAGAGGGACGCGCCGCUCGACUAUGACGACUCUGUGCAGAGGCUGCAAGUGCUGGAGAAUAUCAUGGAAAACAAUACCCAGUGGCUAAUGAAGCUUGAGAGCUACAUCCAGGACAACAUGAAGAAAGAAAUGGUGGAGAUACAACAGAAUGCGGUACAGAACCAGACUGCUGUGAUGAUAGAAAUAGGAACCAACCUACUUAACCAAACGGCAGAGCAGACCCGGAAGUUAACUGACGUCGAAGCCCAAGUAUUAAAUCAGACAACAAGACUUGAACUUCAGCUUCUGGAACAUUCUCUUUCUACAAACAAAUUGGAAAAACAGAUUUUGGAUCAGACCAGUGAAAUAAACAAAUUGCAAGAUAAGAACAGUUUCCUGGAAAAGAAAGUUCUAGAUAUGGAAGACAAGCACAUAGUUCAACUUCAGUCAAUAAAAGAAGAGAAAGAUCAGCUCCAGGUGUUAGUAUCCAAGCAAAAUUCCAUCAUUGAAGAACUAGAAAAACAACUGGUGACUGCCACGGUGAAUAACUCAGUUCUCCAAAAGCAGCAACACGAUCUGAUGGAGACGGUUCAUAAUUUAUUGACUAUGAUAUCGACAUCAAACUCUAAGCACUCCCUUGUUGCUAAGGAAGAACAAAUCAUCUUCAGAGACUGCGCAGAAGCAUUCAAAUCAGGACUAACAACCAGCGGCACCUACACGCUGACCUUUCCUAACUCCACUGAGGAGACCAAGGCUUACUGCGACAUGGAAACGGGUGGAGGUGGAUGGACAGUUAUUCAGCGACGUGAAGAUGGAAGUGUUGAUUUUCAGAGGACUUGGAAAGAAUAUAAAAUGGGCUUUGGGAGUCCCUCAGGCGAACACUGGCUGGGAAAUGAGUUUGUGUCACAAGUGACCAAUCAGAAACGCUACGUGCUUAAGAUACACCUGAGAGACUGGGAAGGCAACGAGGCUUACUCACUGUAUGAACACUUCUAUCUCUCCAGUGAAGAAUUCAAUUACAGGAUUCACCUUAAAGGACUUACAGGGACAGCCGGCAAAAUAAGCAGCAUAAGCCAACCAGGAAAUGAUUUUAGCACAAAGGAUGCAGACAACGACAAAUGUAUCUGCAAAUGUUCACAGAUGCUCACAGGAGGCUGGUGGUUUGAUGCCUGCGGUCCUUCCAACCUGAACGGAAUGUACUACCCACAGAGGCAGAACACAAAUAAAUUCAAUGGUAUUAAGUGGUACUACUGGAAAGGGUCGGGCUACUCGCUCAAGGCCACCACCAUGAUGAUCCGGCCAGCAGAUUUCUAAAUGCCUGCCCUCACCAGACAACUGUGUCUUGUUUUAUACGCAAAGACGUAACCCCAAAGCUCUGAAAGACCAGCUGCCUGCUGCCUCCUCGUCCCUCUCAGACAGACAGCACGUUCCCAGUGCCGAAGAGACUCAGGAGCUCCAAAUAAGAGCCCCGUCAACUGCAUCACUUAAACCUGCGUCACUCAAGGAACCGAAGCACAGCCCCUAACAAGCAACAGCCUGGUGGGGUGACCUGGGAGAAAGCCUGUGGGAAGAUAACUUCAGCUUGCAAAUGAGACUGACAAUUUACAGACUCUGUUGUCACAACCAAGAAUGUCAUGGGCGAGUUCAUCAGUAAAUAACUGGAAAACAGAACACUUAGGCCUGGAGUAAAGAUAACCUUGGAACUGCAUUCUUCUGAGCACUGUUUAUAUACUGUGUAAAUAUCCAUAUGUCCUGAAUUCUGCAUCACUAUCAUAAUUAAAAAGAAGAAAAAAUUCUUUAAGCUAUAAAAAAUAUAUUAUAUAUUCAGGGAUUUCUGUGAGAAGUGGUUAUUAAUAGUUUAAUACUUGGAGAAGGAAAAACAGUUAAUGCAUUUUAUUCUUCCUCUUAGGUGCUUUAAAUUUUCAUUUUGAAACAGUAUAUUUACAUACGUGUUGACAGCUUAGUUUUAAGUUAAUGCUCAAAUAUAUAUAUUUCAAGUUUCCAUGGUGAAAACUUGCAGGAUUUCUGAAAUUUUUAAUAGAAACAUAUGUUCUUUUAGUAUAUAUUAAGAUUGUACUAUUUUUCCUGCCUGGCUGUUAAAUAAGAAGGUAUUUUUAGUAAUUAAAUAUAACUUAUUAGGUGAGAUGACUACAUUUAACUUUUAUGAUAAUAUUUACACCAUUGUAAUUUGAUUCUGAAACAUCUAAUUGUGCCCUGUGAAAAGGAAAAUCUUGAUUUUUUAAUGAUGAAGAAAAUUAUACAUUUAAUUUCCUGACAGAGGCGCCAUCUUUUACUCAUUUUUCUAAUACAGGGGUCUUUUUCUUAUCU